CGACACUGAAACUCACGAGCCAGCUUUCAAGCGGAGGAGACGCACAACAGCAGCAGCAGCAGCAGCAGGAUGAUGGCAGUACAUCGUCGUUGUUGCGCAAGCUCACCUCCUCGCUGUCACGGACGAUCGUGAGCAAUACUGGCACGCUGCCGAUCUCGCUCGGUCGCGAGAAGCUGAGUGAACUGUCAUCCGGACUCGGUGUGGGCUCAACUGCGGGUGGUGGCGGCGGUGGUGGUGGUCCUUCGUCCACCUCUUCGACCGGGUUCUCCAGCAGCAGUGGCAUCGGCAGCAUAAGUAGCAGCAUCAGCAGCACCAGCAACAGUGCCAGUGGCAGCACUAGUGGCAGUCUGCGUACGAUGAGCACCUCGCUCGGUGCGUACUCUGGCGGUGGCAGCGCUGGUGGUGGUGGUGGUGGCAGUGUGCCGGAUGGUUCCAGCAUGGGCCACAGCGGGACAGCGGCCGUCACCAGCAUGAACAUCUACGGUACGCUGCCCAAGAACUCUUCGAUCUACUCCUCGUACGGUGGCAGUGGUGGUGCUGGUGGCAGCAGCUCUUCAACGACCGGAUCGUCGGCGUUGUCAGGUUUGCUGUCCGGUACGACCAGUGCGUACGGUAUCAGUGAGCGCCUUCGGGCACUCACGACCGGAAGCAGUCUUACCGGUGGUGGUGGUGGUGGUGGCACUGGCAGCUCCUCGGAUACUGGCGUCAGUAGUCACGAGCAGCAUCGGGGCAGCGUCUCCUCUAGUGGGGAUCUCGAUAGUAGCGGCUAUGAUUACGAAUCGUCCGGCUUCUCGUCGGCCUCGUACAGCACCUCGACGAUCGAUCGCGGUAUGGCAAGCAGUGGCGCAUCCCUCGGUUCCUCCUCUAUCGGUGCCGGUGCGCUCUCGUCGUCGUACUUUAGCACCGGCAGUGGCAGCGGCAGUAGUCCGUUCGCUACGAGCGCUACCGAGACUGCGGCGGCCACCGCUACGGCCCCCUAUCGCGUGCAGUACGCCUCUACCAAUCCCUUCCUGCCCAGCUUCAAUCCCACAGCCCCCGGUAGCACGGACGGUGGUAGUAAUGGUAGUAACGGUAGUAGCACACACCGCAAUGGCGGUGAAUCGCGCCAUUCGAUCGAUGAGCCCUUCGAUAUGAAGUAGAAGCCUGUACCAUUCCCUUUAAGACAAGACGAACGAACAACAAAAAAGGAAACAACACUCAGUAUUACCUGUUUAAUACCUUAGUAACUGACCUAGCCGUUUGUACGUUAAGUUGUGUAUUUCGAGUUCGAGAGUUAGAGUAGCGUCAUGUCGUUUCAUGUUUAUCAUAACACCAACCACCACCCUUCUAUAUAGCCGUUGAGCAGCGUUCGUUGAGUUGCGCGAUCUCCUGUAACAGGAGGACCGAUAGACACACUUUUUACCCCCUUCGCUAUUCCUAAAGGAAAUCCAUAUCGGUGGCUACGUUGAGUGACAUUCGAAAGACGGACAGACGGAGACGGAGACGGAGACGGGACCGGAAACGGAACAGUUCCGUUACGAUACGCUUUAAUCGUCGUCAAUCGAGAACAACAGGAGAACGUAGGAUGGAGGGGCACGCGGAUACAAUAAUGAUGAGGAAAAAGGUGAUGAUGAUAUUGCUGCUACUCGUGUUGCUUGCUAACGGUAGGCUAAUGGCUGUUUUGAACAGUUUCCCCACGAUUACACGAUCCGCACUUCCGGUAGCGGCGUGAAAGAAAUCUCAAUUUGUGGCAUUUGCCAAAGGCCCUGUUCUGGCUAACCUUCUAAUGCUAUUCCAAUCCUCCCGGGGAGAAAACGCUCUAAUAGUUAUUAAAUGCAGCUCGUGCUCUCGACCGAUCUGUUUGUGGUUUAAGGACAUACACAGACACACAGGGCCACCUCACACGUACAGGAUUAAAGGAAUAUUUCCAAACGAAAGGUGCGAAAGGAAUUCCGAUUUAAAAAAAAAUCCUUGCUAGCUUGCUUACAGGGCUCCGCAUCCAAAGCUUGCAGGAUAUACGUCGUGUGUAGGUUCAUGGGUGUGUGCGUGGAUGUGUGUAUGGAGUAGUGAAUGUUAAGUUUCCAGCCCCAGGACCCCCAGGAGCGUCAGGUGUGAUGACGGUACGACCAGCGUACCGCCACCAUUUGUUAAGCGAAUUGAAAAGCGCCUUAGACCGUACAGACAAUGAACCGUAUGUGUAUGUGUGAUUGUAUGUGUGCGUGCAUGGGUUGUGAGUGUGUGCGUGUGUGGAUCACCCCUCCCCCCUCCCCCCAGGCGUAUUAAAAAACGUGCGAGCUUCAAGUGCUUCAAGUGUUGUGCCUAGGGCCACUGGCAAGCAAUGUACAUAGGGAAAGGGGUUGGCAAACGCGGGUCAGCCAGCUAUGGAGAAACGCAGCAACGAAUAAUACCGAUAUACUAAGGCCCCAGCUACUAGGACUAGCUUUUUCGUUUCCAAUGCGCGAUGGCAACGACCGUUCCGUUCCGUUGUCAUGCCAGUGGAGCAUUGCACACAAUGCUAUAUUCUAAAGUAGCCCGGGUAUCGUCUAGGGACUGUAAGCUUUGAUCUAGGAGGACAAUGGACUACUACUGUUACCGAGCAACUACUAAUACUACUGAUACUACUGAUACCACUGAUGUACUACUGCUACUUUCGGCGUGUGCUUUUCGGAUUCCCUCGCGUUCGGUUUUCUCUCAUGCAGUUCAAUGUCAAUUUCGUGUCGUAAAGUAGGCGAAAGGCUGUAGCUGCAAACAGUAGUAGCAGGCAGAACUAAACACACACUAAGCAGGGAAAUUAUUGAAAAGGAAUCAAAAAAGGAUGUUCGAUCGGGAUGGUGCGCGCAGUAGCAUUAAAGAGAAGAGAAAAAAGGGACAGCGAGCGACAGUGCCAGUUAGAAUUGGAGUUGGACCUUAGGAUGCCUGGAAUUGUAGCGCAAGCAGAUUUGGAGGCUGAAGAGAGAGAGAGAGAGAGAGAGAGAGAGAAAGGGAGAGAUGGAGCUUCCAGGAUGCUCAUUGAUGCUUUUGAGUUACAUUUGUUGUCCAUUGUUAGCACAUCACCAUACCAUUACAAUUACUACCAUUACAUCUACUACUGCUACUACUACAACCACUACCACUAUAGACAGACUGUUUACAGACUCCAUGAUAUUAGCAACCAUUAUUCCCUCUACCGCGAAAACAAAGUUUACCCAUUACUCAUGUCUGGGAGAGGGCUCUGCUUGGAGAAUCAAAAAAAGGGGAACGUACAAUACGUACCAUUAAUAACAAACAAACAAAAAAUUGGCCAAGCCAGCCAGGGGGAAAUGGUUCGAAAGGCCUCUCUAAUCGUCGUUAGUUUUUGUCCUGUUAAUCGAAGAUACGUUACGAGCGUUAGAUAGUUUGUCUCCACCCCUCUCUAGGGCUCUAGGGGUUGCCCGAUUUAACGCCCUGUCCCAAAUUAUUCGUUGUAAAUACAGAGGCAGUGCGAGAGAGAGAGAGAGAGAGAGAGAGAGAGAGAGAAAUCGGAGGCUCGGUACGUGAUGCGGAUGUUAUUGUUUUUGCAACCAAUUCCACGUAUCCGAUACGUAGUUUUUUGACCGUAGUAGUUGGCUGCAGCAAUGAGGAGCAGGAGCUUUAAAUGGAUCUAAUGCUAAGACGCAUCGCUGCUCUCCUGUUUGGUGCCCACGAUGCAUUUUUAUGUCAAUUUCGGUUCUAACAAUCGUGGUGGCUCGGUGUUGACCGAGCAUGAGUCACCUCGAGUAGGUCAAUAUUAGGUCAAUCUUAUAGUAGAAAAUGUGUAUCGCAAUGCAUAGUGAUGGAGAGAGAAGGAGAGAGAGAGAGAGAGAGAGAGAGAGAGAGAGAGAGAGAGAGAGAGAGAGAGAGAGAGAGAGAGAGAGAGAGAGAGAGAGAGAUCGGGGCACGAUACGAUCGAGCAAUCUUUGCAGCUUUCUUCUUCUUGUUCUUCUUCCUCCCUUCAAACUGAUCCACUACUACUACUAUCAUCCAAUACAACGAUCUUCUGCAAUCAUCUCGAUCUUUCCAUCUUUCCAUUGUCAAACCAAUGCCACGUUUCGAAGCAAUGUUUUAGAUGCGGAGCGUAAGGAGAGAAAAGAAGAGAGAAUGAAAGCAAGAAAGGAAUAGAAAAAGAAGAAGGAUUAAUCAAUUACUAGCAAGCUACCGUUACUACCGUUACUGUGGGCCAGGGUCGAUCGUUUUCUAAUCCUCCUUCCCCCUUCUCCAAAAAAGCGAAUUCUUCCCGCACCAAUAAAAGAAAAAAAAGGUACGAAAACCCACAUUUCAUUAGCAAACAUAUUAUCGCCUAGCAUGCAGAUAAGAUUCGCGAACGAACGCUAGCAGAGAAGUACAUAAAAAAAAGGAAAAGAAAAAAAAACAUAAAAUAGAGAAAAAGGAAAUUACGAUUUUAUAGCGUACUUUGGGUUCCGUAAGAAGGGGUUUUUCUCUGUGAGAAUCAACUAAACAUACUCGCACAAUAUUAGCCAACAUUUAAACCAAAUCAUAGGAUCGGUUGAAGACAGAGAGACAGGGUGCUGAGGGAAGGGGUAAGUGGAAUCUGAAGAAUGCAGGGGACGCUGUUGCCCUGUUGGACUAGAACUCGAAGGAAAUGAUCAAGCAAUUCCCUACAACCACCAAUCCUUGCUGCAAUUUCUCUCCAAACUCCGUCUCCGUGAUUCUCUUCGAAUAUUGUUACCGUGCACCACCACCACCACCACCACCACCAAACCUGCCAGAACCGUUUCGUCACCUCUCUGUGUGUUACAAAUAGAGUCGUCAUCGUCGUUGGCGUCACUGCUGCUGCCACUAAAGCCAUGAUGAUUGCUCAUGUUGAUACUGCUGCUGCUGCUGCUGCUGCUACUACCGCCAUCGUUCUGCUGUGAGGAAGGUAUUUAUGCUGCCUGCUGGACUUAUCGCUUAUGCGCCAUUCUUUUUGUCAGUACUCACCCGAUACACACCACCACACAACAUACACGCUCACACAUUCACACACAUACCUACACGAAACACACCGAAUAUCAUUACCUGUUUCAUAUCGUUAGACUACAAAUCACGUUCUUACACCGUUUUUACAUGGAAUGCAAUCGUCCCCUAAUGGAAAAAAAAUACAUGGGGAUGCAAAAGAAGAGAAUUUGCUAGGUUAAAACAAAUAUAUAGGAAAAAAAAGACGUACCGAAAGGAAGGGUUUGUGGGGGAGGCGAGAAGAAAGCGAGGUGGUAGCUUAUUAGCGAAACAAAACAAACCAGAAAACCGGAGAACCGGAGAAUAGGAACACGGGUGGACAGCAGGCUACCUGGAACUGGCUGAAUUGAUGAGAAUGCUUUUGCGCGAAUCGGAAUCAGCGCGCGCAUCGAAUAGACGGAGGAGUAAUGGUCGAGCGGCGCAUCAUGUAUCUUGGUUCCGAUGACGGUUAUCGAAUUAGUAACAUCGCGAACUGAGCCGAGAAUUGAAAUCGAGGCGAGAUUAUGCUUUUUGGCAAAAUUAUUGCAAGCAUCAUAGCACACCGUACACGCCAUUACGUUUGUGGUCCCACCGUCACCGGUUUGUUUGUUUUCCUCAAACCAUCAGGAAGAAAUAUCAUCAGGCGUGGCUUUGGGCAGUAGCUGUCAUUUUAAGCACAAGCAAAGGGCACACAAGUGGGUAGCGAUCGGUCGGUCGGUAUCGUGGUGUGGCGUUACGUCCAAUGUAUGCACACUUUCAUGGAGUGGUCCCGGCCACUCCAUCCAUCCACCACUACUGCUUCAGUUCGAUCCAGUAGCCGUUCCGUCACCGCCAAGCUGGGGCCUGAUUUUCUCGCUCCUGGCACCACCGUCCUUUCCGGGCCCUGGUCUGCAGUUAUGAGCUCUGCAAAAAUCCGGGCCGGCCGUCAGGCAAAAAGGGGUAAAGGAGAGCUUUACAUUCCAAGCAUAUCAUACAACGAUGGUUGCCGCGCUCUCAUCGCGAACUCAUCGCAGUUAGUAGCGGCACAGCAGCAGUAGCAGCGGCAGCAGCAGCAGCAGCAGUAGGCUAGGAAGAUGAUUAACACUUUUACACAACACUUCCAACGCGUUUAAGGACGCACACGUACACCCCGACCACACGCACGUACACGCCAUCGUCAUGGUAACAGCAGCAGCAGCAGCAGCAGCAUCGUUCAGAGCUAAAGGAAAUGCGCAAAACUGACCCAUUUGACAGACACCAGGCCCAGGAUACGCAUGUUGUUCUGUUGAUGUGGCUUAGUGCUACUGCGCUUGCUAGGAUGGUAGUGAAUGGGUGUGUGUGUCUGUUGGUGUGUAUGUGUGUGCUUUAGUGGCGCUGUGUCCUGGGCGUGGCGGAGCAAUCGAACUAACUAGCCAACCAACUAUUUUUUGAUAUAAAUUUACAACACGAACGCGUGCGUAUAUAUACAUAUGUGUGUGUGCGAGUGUGUUGGGCAACGCAGCCACGCGUGUUUUUUUCCGUUGUAAUACGGCUUCUCGGGCGUGUAUGUGUGCGUGCGCGUGUCUGUGUGUGUUGUCGGUUUGCGAUUCCGAUCCCGAGGCCGAAGGGGCUUGGGGCACACCUUUCCACACUGCACCAACAAACCCGCACCGCACCACCUAACUCUACUACUACUAACAACUAAUACUACUAACAAACUACCACCACCACUACUACUACUACUAGUACACUACACCAAAGUAUCGAAAGGAACAAAUAGCACUUAAUCGACCAUUUCUGCCAACAGCAUCCAUUCCUAGCUUCGAUUCCAUGCAUUCCAUUCAAAACAGAGCGAUGGAGAAUGAAAACACGCGAAAGAGAGAGAGAGAGAGAGAGAGAGAGAGAGAGAGAGAAAGAGAGAGAGAUAGAGAGAGAGAGAGGGAGAGAGAGAGAAAGAAUCUCCAGUUAAAGUAAACUUUUUGGCAAAAUCCUUUAAUCAUAGCAAUCUCCAUGGAAGCGGUACCAACUUUUGGCCUCCUGGAUUUACUACUCUUGCGCUGCUUUUGUGAAGCUACCGGUGGGUUUUUGAUAUGCACUCUUACACACAUACACGCACACUAUUCAACCAUUUCUAAGCAAGUUCUAUACCAUGUCUGUACGGCUUCUCAAAGCGGACAAGCAGGCCACCAAGUACUUUGCUCGCUAUAUAGGUUCUAUUGAACCCCCUUGCCCCACCUCCUCUUUUCUCUUCCUCUCUUUCUCGCUCUAUCGCUCUCUCUCUCUCUUUCUCUCUCUCACAAACUCUUUAACGCGCUCUUCUAUCUAUCACAAUCCAUUUUUUUUGGCUUUGGAAGAUCCAUUCCCUCACACGCAACCCCCAAGUUUGAACGAGGAGAAAGCUCCUCGAUCCAAGUAGCGUGCAAGAUACGCAUCUGAUCACCAUGAGCAUCAUCACCUGGGCAACAUUCUUCCGGCUACUGGUGAAUGUUGGCAAUUGUCGAGCGAGCGCCAACGAUGAUUAUGUUUGUUUUUUUAUUGCUCAAGCUCCGACUUGUAGCAUUCAAAGACAGAGAUGCGUGGUGUAUCCGUGGAAAAAAACCUCCCCGGGGCCACAUCCCUGGAACCAAGAACACGCACGCACACAUACAUAGAGAGGAAAUGAGUUAAGCUAAGCAAAUCUAUCCCCAGUUCACUUCAUGUUGCCCUCACCUGCUGUACUUCUUCUGUUCAGUUUCGCCAUCUGAUUCGUUCGUGCAACCAACGCCCGGCCGAGGCAAAUGCGCUGGUCAGUGCGCUUUAAUGUAAAUAUUAUGUGCAUGGUGUGUGUCCAGGAGCAAGGUGACCAAGGGCGCACACAAAAAAGGUGGGUAGAGUGCCAUCGGUCGCAACCCGUUCUCUCGUUUCCACCACAGACAUCGAGCUAGAUAUCGUAGGGGGACUUUGAGGGAUUCUCACAGCUUCAUUUAGAUGAUAGAGUCGAGGCGCCCCUCGACAAAGCUGCAAGUUUUGAGACACAAUAGAAAGGAGAAAGGAGGAGAAAGGAAGGGUUGAGGACUGAGCGCUUGAUGUCCCUGUUGUAGCUUUUCUCGUUCGACGAUCGUCUUACUGGAUUUGUUGCGUUGUUUGGCUUCGUUAUGGUGUAGCCUGACUUCCUUUGAUGAAACUUUAACUCAACUUCAAUUUCGUUGAUGGCCGACCUCGGUUAGCAUCCUUUUUGACGUUUGGCAUGCUGCAUAGCUCUGUUAUACUGUUAUACAAGCAGUAUACGGGAACGGUCGGUGGCUACUAGGAUCUCUUGCACUAGACUGAACUGGGAAGAACUCUUUUUCUCUCUUCCUUUCUUUCUUUCUUUCUUUUUCUUUCUCUCUCGCUUGCAAUCUGUAGCACAUCAAACACAUUUACAUUCAGAAUAAAGGAGAGAAAAGGAGUGAUUGUUAGAUAUCGCGAGUUUGAGCACAACAGGGACAUACAAUGCAGCAGGUCCAGCAGUACGCCCGCUAGUGGGAAGGACAUUUGGUAAACUUGGAAAGAGAGGGAAUUGGAGAAUCAACUCGUGGAAUGGCACGUGGCACACGUGGAACGUGUUAGUAGCUACUAACCUAAACGAAACGAAUUAAAGUAAAAAGCAAAAACAAAAAUCCCGGAAGACAGAGUGCACCAGUGGAGGUGCGGAGUGUAAAAAAAACAAACCAAGCAACACCAGCAAGCGAAACGCAGUCGGUGCAUAAGUACUAGUAAUACACUACAUCAUGGUAAUAGGUUCAUUACAAACUCGCCCUCGCCCUCAACCCCAAAAACCCCAGAUUCUGACACCCCACUUUCCCCCGAGCCCGCUUUAACCAGCGCAUAUACAUACACCCAUUGACAUAUACAUAUAUAUAUACGCGUAUUCUAUAUAUAAAUAUAUAGGAAUGGUUCCGGUCCCGGUGUUCGCGAUAACGUAACGCUCAAAAUGCUCAUCGUCCCCCCGACCCUUGACCACGACCACUCAAUGCCCCUCCCCCCCCCCAAAAUCCUCCAAAGCUGCAAUUCCAACCAACCAAAGGACCUCCCUUCCAUAUGCGCUGAUAUGUUGAUAAUGAUACGAAUAAUCUUAAAAUCAUUCUUAGUCGUCAUUAGAACAAAAACAAACAAAAGAACCAGAGAAAAGGGAGAACCCUUGGAGGUGUCACUCGAAGACGAAAUUCGUUCGUCAUUCGUUGAGCUCUACACAGAUGAUGAUGAUGAAGAGCGGGUGGGGGAAAGAGUGGGUGGCUAGUAGCAUCAGGCGAUCGACAUACACACACGAAAACACACACACACACAGACACACACACAUACACAGUGAUACACAAUCACCGAUGGCAACACAACUGAAACAACCGAUCGCCUAUGGGUGAGGGUCCCCUUCCCGCCCUCCCUUAUGUCAGUGAUCUGGCAAGGAAGGUGGGUGGGGGGAAGGAAGGAGGGCAGGAGGGAAGUUAAUACUCGAUACUCGUCUCAAACCACUGCCACAGAGAGUACGAAAAGGAUAACUAACAUUAAAACUCCGCUUAUAGUGAAGCCAGUACGUACGCGUUGUAUUGAAGCAAAAAAUAAAAUGAGAAAGAAGAAGAUGAUGAAAAUGACGAAGCGAAAGAUAAUGGUCAAGUGUAAGUGGACAGUGAAGUGGAAAGGUAGAGAAAGAAAGAAGGAGAGACGGAGAGAGAGCGAACGAAGCGAUAAAAAACCCAAAAAUUAACAUUAACCUUCUUAUCGGCGAAAACGAAUAACGCUUGAAGUCAGUAACCACAAUCUACCCUCCCCCCCAAACACUCACGACACAUGUUUCAAGAUGGGGACGGGGCAGGGAAGGAGCGAAAAGCGACAUAAUCGGUUAAUAAAUAGAAGUAAUUAGAAAAAAAACAAAGAAACGGAAUACCAUCGCGACCAUCGAGUAGGCAACGCUACCGGGGUUAAGGGGCGGCAAAACAGAACGCGAAAGCCAGAAAGACAGGACAGGAGGAGGAGGAGGAGGAGGAGGAGGAGGACAGGAGUAACAGUGUCCCGGAAUCCGGAGUAUCCCCCGACAGACCAGACCAGACAGCAAACUAUAACCCUCCCCCCCCCCCCCCCCCCCCACG